AAGCAUAAAUCCUUCAAGAACAUGAUAAACCACCAGAACAUACGCUUUUCUUUUCUUCUCUAACUUUUUAAAAGUCUUUUCAAAUUCCAAAAUUCAUACCGCGCCACCACCACCACCGCCGCCGUGUACCACCCAACCUUAUAUGCUUCCUCCGCCACGAAACUAAACCCCACCUGCAAUGUCCUCCCAGAAAGCUCCAUCCUUUCUCCGUUUACUCCUCUUACUCGGCCUGCUCUCUGUUUCAUUUUGCGAUGACGCCGCCGUCAUGUCCAAGCUCUUAGCUGCCCUCUCUCCGGCGCCUUCUGGCUGGUCCGCUUCCAAAGAUCCGUGUACUUGGACUAAUGUCAACUGCGACAAGCCCACCGGCAAUGUGGUCUCCAUCAACAUCGACUCCCAGUCCAUCUCCGGCAAUCUCCCUUCUGAGCUCACACAGCUGGCGUCUCUCCGAUCACUUUCCGUCCAGAAAAACUCCCUCUCCGGGCCCUUGCCGUCUUUCGCUAAUAUGUCCAGCCUCGAAGAGCUCUACUUAGACAGCAAUGAGUUCAGCUCAAUCCCCCCAGAUUUCCUCUUGGGUCUUCCCAAUUUGCGGAUUUUCAGCAUUUCCGACAAUGGCGAGCUCAGCCCAUGGCAAAUUUCUAGUUAUUUGGCCGAAAGCACAAGCUUGGGAUCUUUCUUCGCGAGCAACGCCAGUAUCACCGGCGUCAUUCCUAAUUUCUUCGAUUCUUUCCCGAAUCUCCAGAACCUGAGAUUAUCCUACAAUAACCUCACCGGGUCUCUGCCUGGGUCGUUUGGGAGCUCGGAGAUACAGAAUUUGUGGCUGAAUAACCAACAACAGGGGCUCUCCGGGACUAUUGAUGUGCUUUCCUCAAUGACCCAACUCUCCCAAGUAUGGCUUCAUGCCAAUGCCUUCACGGGUCCCAUCCCUGACCUUUCCAAAUGCGUAAAUCUCUUCGAUUUGCAGCUCAGAGACAACCAAUUGACCGGGGUUGUACCAGUUUCCAUAACGGGUCUUCCGAAAUUGGUGAACAUUACUCUUCAGAACAACAAUUUGCAGGGUCCCAUGCCUGAGUUUGGAAAUAACGUCAAGAAGAAUCUUGGUAAUGGUUUCUGUAAUGAUAAACCUGGACCUUGUGAUCCACAGGUCACUGCACUUCUUGCUGUUGCUGGGGGUCUUGGGUAUCCAAUCACGCUUGCCCAAUCUUGGGAAGGCAAUAAUGCGUGCAACAAUUGGGGAUCUGUCUCUUGUGAUUCACAGGGGAAAGUGAUUACGGUGACUCUAAGAAAGCAGGGGUUUUCAGGUACUAUUUCACCCGCUUUUGCCAAUUUGACUUCAUUGAGGAACCUGUAUUUGAAUGAUAAUAAUCUUACUGGCCCAAUCCCGGAGAGCUUGACUACUUUGCGUAAUCUUCAAGUCCUAGAAGUGUCCAAUAACAAUUUGUCUGGUCCUAUACCUGUUUUCCCACCUUCUGUGAGCUUUUCUCAUGGUGGCAACUUAUUUCUUGGGAAGAAUGUGAGUACCGGUGGUGGAUCACCGGGUUCAGGCCAGAAUUCAAAUGCUCCCGGUGACAAUCCAUCGUCUCACAAUUCAAACAGGUCCUCCAUUUCAGGUGGAAUGAUUGUUGGUGUGGUUAUAGCAGUUGUUGUUUUUGUUGUAGUUGUGUUGUUUGUGUCUUACAAGUGUUACAUGAAGCGGCAGCAUAAGAGAUUUGGAAGGGUCGAGAGCCCUGAUGAGAAGAGUGAGCAGAUGAUGAAGGCUAGUGUAGUUGGUUCUGCAACUGGAUAUUCGGGUGUCCCGAGUGAACUGCAGAGCCAGAGCAGUGGUGACCAUACUGAGAUCCCCAUUUUCGAAGGCGGAAACGUUGCCAUUUCGGUCCAGGUUCUUCGACAAGUUACAAACCAUUUCAGUGAAGAGAACGUGCUGGGGAGAGGAGGGUUCGGAGUCGUUUACAAGGGUGAAUUACACGAUGGGACUAAGAUUGCUGUGAAGAGGAUGGAAUCCGGGGUGAUGGGUACCAAAGGAAUGAAUGAGUUUCAAGCUGAAAUCGCGGUCCUUACCAAAGUUAGACAUAGGCAUCUCGUCGCCCUUCUCGGCUAUUGUAUCAAUGGCAACGAGAGGCUUUUAGUGUACGAGUAUAUGCCACAGGGUACCCUAGGCCAGCACUUGUUUGAAUGGCAAGAGCACGCCUCCGAACCUCUGACUUGGAAGCAAAGGGUAACGAUAGCAUUAGACGUGGCAAGGGGCGUCGAGUAUCUUCAUAGCUUAGCACAGCAAAGUUUCAUCCAUAGAGAUUUAAAACCCACUAAUAUUCUCCUUAGUGAUGAUAUGAGAGCCAAGGUUGCCGAUUUUGGAUUGGUUAGAAACGCCCCCGAUGGGAAGUAUUCAGUCGAGACACGAUUGGCUGGAACAUUCGGUUAUCUUGCACCCGAAUAUGCUGCUACUGGGCGAGUCACAACCAAAGUUGAUGUUUAUGCAUUCGGGGUUAUUUUAUUGGAGAUCAUCACGGGCAGAAAAGCGCUAGACGAGACCAUGCCAGACGAGAGGUCUCAUCUGGUGACAUGGUUCCGAAGGGUCCUCAUCAACCGAGACAACCUCCGAAAGGCUAUUGACCCUACUCUCGACCCCGAUGAGGAAACCUAUCAGAGCAUUGCCAAGGUAGCUGAGCUGGCUGGCCACUGCACCGCUCGGGAGCCAUUCCAGAGACCCGACAUGGGCCACGCUGUGAAUGUCCUGAGCCCACUCGUGGAGCAGUGGCGGCCUUCGAGACCUGAAGAAGACGAAAGCUAUGGCAUCGACCUCCAUAUGAGCCUCCCGCAAGCCCUUCAAAGAUGGCAAGCCGACGAAGGGACUUCCAGGAUGUUUGACGAUCUCUCCUACAGCCAAACGCAGUCGAGUAUUCCCACGAAACCUUCGGGAUUCGCUGAUACCUUCAGUUCAACAGAUUGCAGAUGACCUUAAAGUAUGCAAGUUCAUUUCAUUCAUUUUUUUUUUUUCCUGACAAAUUUGUGGUUUUCAUAUCAUAUUCUUAGCCUCUUAGGAUUGCCCUGGUUUGAUUGGAUUGUUUAUUUGACAGCUUGGUGUGAGCAAAGGCUUUAUGACAGAUAUAAUUUUGUUUUUGUCAUUUUUGGGAAUAGAAGAAUCAUGUACUAAAUUGUUGACCUCUCAAAUUGUUAUUGUAAAUAAUACAGAAAUUCUUUACUCAAA